UUGUUGUUGUUGUUGUUGUUAUCUAGUUGUCGAUAUCGUAAGUUGUUUCCAGCUUGUAGUAUCUGCAGAUGAUAUUUUCAGGUGACAAGAACAUUUUCUUGGUGUGAAAUAGUUGGCAAGCGGUUUCCUAUAUGUCAUGUGCACAUUGGUGAUACAGUUAUUGAGGUCUCAAGUUUUAGCAUCUCCGCAUGAAAGUCUGGCCGAAACUUAAGUAGUGAUUUCAGGAAACCAAAUCACUGUGAUGACAAGGAUUAUAUGCGUUGGAGGAAUUGUUCGCAGCGUGACUUUACAAUUAAUGGGUUGAUGUUUGAUCCUUAUGCAAGGAUAGUGUACGACUACAUGGAAGGCAUUGAAGAUAUUAGAAAAGCUAAAGUCCAAACCGUGAUACCUGCAAGUACUUCUUUUCGAGAGGAUUGUGCUUGCAUUCUACGUGCAAUAAGAAUUGCUGCCCGUUUAGGAUUUUGUAUUUCCAAGGAAACAGUUCAUUCUGUUAGGAGUUUAUCUUAUUCAAUUCUUAGGCUUGAUAAGGGAAGGCUUCUCAUGGAAAUGAACUACAUGCUAGCGUAUGGUUAUGCUGAAGCCUCUUUAAGGUUAUUAUGGAAAUUUGGACUCCUAGAACUACUUCUUCCUAUCCAGGCAGCAUAUUUUGUUCGCCAUGGUUUUCGUAGACGCGACAGAACUAACAUGCUUUUGUCCCUUUUUUCUAACUUGGAUAAACUUCUUUCGCGUGACAAGCCAUGCCACAGUAGCUUAUGGGUUGCAAUCUUAGCAUUCCACAAUGCACUAUCCGAACAACCUCGGGAUCCGUUGGUGGUUGCUGCACUUAGCCUUGCAAUUCACAAUGGUGGAGAUAUGUUAGAAGCAGUAAGCAUAGCCAAGAAAGUCACUAAAGUACAUGCUGUUGGCUUCCACGAAUUAUUAGAAAGUCAGAAUUUGAACCCUCGAGCAUUGAGAGAUGAAGUUAAGAAUCUCGCAGCAUCUCUUACAUGUGCCCUCAAUAAUAUGACUGAUGAGCAAAUAGUCUCUCAGGCAAUGGCAGGGUACCCACAAGCACCAGAUUCGGAUCUGGUACUUAUCCCAUGGGGGUUAUCUUUGAGAGUCUGCCGGAUUUUUAGCUGCUUAACGUCGGGCGCAGAGAGGGGAUUCAUCCCGAGGCAGGGCAGCAAGAUUGAUUACGAGUCGUUAGCUCAGGGAGCCCUGCCAGAAGUACGGCAUAUUUUCGCAGGAGUUGUGUUUGAUACCAUAUAUCCUCUUAAGCCUAAAUCGUGAUAACUUGCAAACAUGAACACAUGUGAGAACAAAUUUUCGAUAUCUUAUAAUAGUAAAAUGUGGGAAUCAUUUAUUUCC